AUGGUGGAGGGCCACAUCACGAUUGGCGCCCUGCACAUGGUCCACGAGCGGUCGGUGGAGUGGCUCUGCGGGAAGAUCAUGGACCAAGGCGGGAUCCAGGCGUUGGAGGCUAUGCUGUACACGCUCGACCACGUCAACGGGAAGUACGGGCACAUGCUGAUCCCAGGGGUCAGGAUCGGGGUCUUGGCCAAGGACGACUGCGAUACGGAUAUUUACGGAUUAGAACAGGCGUUGGAGUUCAUCCGGGGUGAG